UUUCCACUAAUCACUCGACAAAUGUAAUCAAAUUCUUUCCAAUGUCGCUUGGCACAUAGUCACAUAGGGUAUUAUUUUAAACGAAAAUAAUCUUGAUAUAUGGGUAUUAUGUAUAAUAGCAAUAAUGUGCAUGUUAAUGGUACUCAAAAUUUAAGUCUCUCGUUGUAGUCAGCUAAACGCGGCAAAACUGCAACUACAAUAUAACCUUAUUAUUUGUGCCGCUCUCACCCCCUUCCCCUCAGCAAUCGUGUCCCCACCACCUUCCGGUUAUGUACAUCGUACAUGGGUCACGGGUACCCCUUGAACAGUUGCGGCGAGGGUGUUAGGAAUUAGGCGGGAUGCCACCCCUACCCCUAUGAUGGUUUAGUGAAGGGGUGGAGCGGGGAGGAAGUACCGACGUACUGUACGUUACGGCGGAUUCGGCGCUCUGGCGUUUUGAUUUUAGGGUGGAACCUCUGUACGGCCGUCAGUGGUACAAGAAGUGCUUGUUGUGUCUCCAAAAAGCUCAAUACACAUCGCGUUGUGGUUUAUUAUGCCGACGGUAAAAAUACUAAUUCGUUCGUUAUGCGUUCGGUGUGAUGACAAUAAUAAUUGUUGAAAGCAAACAGUUUCGUGCUACUCGUAGGGCGUCGGUGCAGUAGGUUUUUUCUACUACUAUUAUUAUUAUUAUUAUUGAUUUUUCAAUUUGUCGUCGGGUUGAUGAAUACUUUCGCAUAUCGCGUACAACGUGCCCGUUCGUAUUUUUGUGACGGGUUGUGCGUUUACGUAUUCGUUGAUAACUUAUCUAGACUAUCUAAUUAAUGUUAAUUCUUUACACGCGUUUUACACUUUUGUUUAAAUUAGAACAUACUAUUACUUAGCGAAAUCUAGUGACUUUAUCUACUAUAUUUAUUUAUUAUAUUAUAUAUCAUCAUCAAUGAAAUUGACAUUCAUGGAUGAUCGAAUCAAUUAUUAUUAAUACUCUAUUCUAGUUUAUUUAUCUUGAGUCAUUAGUCAAUUAUAUGCAAAUAUUUCUUUUUUUUUUUAACAUAUAUUCAUGAAUUAAUAAUAAAUUUCUAAGGGGCAGUAAUUCCGGUUUAUUUUCACUUACCUGUUUACCAUAUUUUAAAAUCUAGAAAAGUUUUCCCGACUCUUUAGAUUUACGUUUUACCUUAUUUAACGUUUAUUCGGCAAAACCUAAUUAUACUUAAUAUACUUAUUUUUAAACACAUAUUUUUUGAGUUUUAUAAGAAUUAAAAUAACUUUUUGAACUUAAAAAAAAGUAAAAAGAAUUAGUCUAUUAUGGCUUGGGGCUACUGGAGCGCAUCUACUGUUUCUGACCGAGGCAAGUCACCAAAACGACAAUCGUCAUCUUUGGGUUUUUAUAACCAUCAUGUACCUAUUUCCACCCCAGCUCCUCCAUCUACAUCGUACUACCAACAUCAGUCCUUGCACAGCACUAGUAGUUUUGGUUCCAUAGAAGAUGAUGAUUAUCAUCAUACAUCCACAUUCUACCGUCGUCCUUCACUUGGAGAUAUAGAAUUCACAGGGCCGGGUUCAUUAUCUCUAUUGUUAAAUCAAGCUAUUCCUCCUUCUCGACCUAGAACACCACCACCACGUCAUUUAUAUGCUCCACCUACUUCACUAAGUUUGCCGGAUUCGUGUGGAUCGACAAUGGCUAUGCGACAAAACAUAAAUUGUUUUGGUUACCAAUCUACUCCUAUUGUACAACAUUAUCCUUGCAGUGUUCAUGACCCAUCACCAUCUCCUUCUAUAUCUGAUGAUGAAGACCAUGUUUACGCCACAGGUAACAAAUACAAUGUUUUUCCUAAUGUACCACAAGCACCAGGAAUGCCUUGUCAAGGAGAGGAUCGUAGUAUAUACAGACGUGGGGCCAGAAGGUGGAGAAAAUUAUAUCGUGUGAAUGGACAUAUUUUUCAACCUAAAAGGUUUAACAGGCGAGCAUUUUGUGCAUACUGCCAUGAUCGAAUUUGGGGAUUAGGACGACAAGGAUUCAAAUGUAUUCAAUGCAAACUGCUUAUCCACAAAAAAUGUCAUAAGCUAGGUAAAAAAACUUGCACCAAUGAUCCUAUAGGUAAUGAAGACACCAAUGGUGGUGACUCACAGACGUCUCUAAGUACACCUAGCUCUGAUACUGCUUUACCGGAUUUAAAAGAUUAUUCUGAUCAAAAUUCUGUUAUUGAUCAAUUAGCUGACUCUGUACCCAUUGAAGAUCCACAAGCUAAAACAGGUGAUGAAGAUGUUGGAGUUUCACGUCAAUAUUCUAUUGCCGACUUUGAGCUAAUUAGGGUUAUUGGUCGUGGAAGUUAUGCAAAGGUGUUAAUGGUUGAACUCAAAAAAACAAAAUGCAUCUAUGCUAUGAAAGUUAUAAAAAAAGCACUUGUUACAGAUGAUGAAGAUAUUGAUUGGGUACAAACAGAAAAACAUGUUUUUGAGACUGCUUCUAACCAUCCAUUUUUGGUCGGUCUCCAUUCUUGCUUCCAAACUGCCAGCCGAUUAUUUUUUGUGAUUGAAUUUGUUCGUGGAGGUGACUUAAUGUUUCAUAUGCAAAGGCAAAGACGACUGCCUGAAGAACAUGCCAGAUUUUAUGCAGCAGAAAUUAGUUUAGCUUUGAAUUUUUUGCAUACUAAAGGUAUAAUAUAUCGAGAUUUAAAAUUGGAUAAUGUACUACUUGAUCAUGAGGGCCAUAUAAAAUUGACGGAUUAUGGAAUGUGUAAAGAAGGAAUAAGGCCUGGAGAUACAACUUGUACAUUCUGCGGUACUCCAAAUUACAUUGCCCCAGAAAUUUUAAGAGGAGAAGAUUAUGGAUUUAGUGUGGAUUGGUGGGCUUUAGGAGUUCUUUUGUAUGAAAUGUUGGCUGGCAGAAGUCCAUUUGAUAUUGCUGGAGCAUCAGAAAAUCCUGAUCAAAAUACUGAAGACUAUCUAUUCCAAGUUAUUUUGGAAAAAACUAUUCGUAUUCCAAGAUCACUUUCCGUUAAAGCAGCUUCAGUUUUGAAAGGAUUUUUGAAUAAGAAUCCUGUGGAUCGUUUGGGUUGCAAUCGAGACACUGGCUUCUAUGAUAUUAUAACUCACCCAUUCUUUAAAUCUAUUGAUUGGGAAAUGUUAGAACAAAAGCAAGUUAGUCCUCCGUAUAAACCACGAUUAGAUUCUGAUCGUGAUCUUGCCAACUUCCCACCAGAAUUUACGGAUGAACCUGUUCACUUAACACCUGAUGACCUGCGUGUCAUCGAGAAAAUCGAUCAGUCCGAAUUCGAGGGUUUUGAAUACGUGAACCCGUUGCUGAUGUCACAAGAGGACAACGUGUGACACGAGGAGGACUGCGGCGAUUACGCCGCACCCCACAAUAUGCAGCAUUACCAUCACGAAGCCGACUGUCCCUGUUCGACGACCAUCGACUCGCCCCCAGACAACGGCAGGCCGCCGUCUAGGGGAUGGUUCUGCUUACCGCUCCGAUAAGUACCCCCCCCCCCCCCUUUAUUCAUAAAAAAAAAAAAUGUGAUUAUUAUAAUAAUAAAAAUCCGUCGUCGACGACGGCCAUAUUUAUUUUAUAUAUUAUUAUUAUAAAUAUUUAAUUAUUUGAUUAUAUAGUUACUCGCGUGUCCGUCGUCGGCGUCGACGGUUUUCAAUGGCUCAACUUAUUCUGACGAUUUAUCAUUUUCGGUUUGGACUUACUUAAAUUUGUUUUAAAAACCAAAUUCUAAAACGUUUUAGUUCCUCUUCGACACAUAUUACUCACUUAAUUUUCCAUUGUAUACAACAAAAAAUAUACAUAUGUUAUAUUUACGUAUAUAUAUAUAUAUAUAUAUUAUAUAUACCUAAGACGUAUAUGUUGCCGCAUCUCGUGUGUGUUUCGGAUACAACUUUUUACCGUAAACCUCGUUCGUCUAUAACACGUAUGUUUAAUAAAUGCAAAACAAACAUCGUUAUAACUUGUCUAUAGAUAUGACAAAACAAUAUGGCUCUCACACCCACCCACCCACCCACUCACUCGCCGACGACGGCCAGACAACAAAAUUGAUUCGCCGAUUUAACGAACCGUGUAGCACGUACUAACAUUAUUAUUAUUACUUCCACUAUACUAUUAUUAUUAUUACUAUUUAUUAGUGUUUUAACAUGUUUCUAUUCUUCGGGAAAAAGUGUUGUACCCCACCGUAUACGCCAGCCACGCCCUUUGUCCACAGACGAGGUUUGUUAAUGUGCACAAGUUUUGUGUAAAAAUGUCUGGCUCCCACCUACUAGACCCAUCCAUAACACACGCAUACAAAUAUUAACUGAUCUGAACCAUCGCGGUGGAUCGUGAUUUAUAUAUUAUAUAAAUAUAUAAUAUACGAAAAUAAAGAGCGAGGAAUGGAAAAAUCUUUUCACCUCCUCCCCUUAGUUUUGAUUUUUUGUGAAUUAUAAUAUCCAUUCAUUAUUGUUGUCGGUCGCUAAAUUUUAUGAAAAUCCAUCUCCCUGAACCGCGAAAUUCAUAAAUCAAAAUUGACGAUGAACGAUCAGGGUUCUGGUUUUUUUUUGUUACGCACGAGGACGCGUUUAGAUGGGUACAAUGCAUAAUAUUAUGCAAAAUGGUAUCCUACAAUGCUCAAUGAUUAAUAGUAAUAAUAAUAAUAAUAAUAAUAAAAUAUUUAGAUGAUCUAAUUACAUUCCUUAUUUAAAUUUACAA